UCGCUAUAAGGCUAGCCGAAGAGAUGAUCGUCUUCAGAAUACAGAAGAAGUAACCUCUGUGCAUUCUUGAAAUAUCGUGAUAUAAAGUGAGAUUUGACGGAAACCAGACCUAUGGCACUAGUGUAUAACACGACUGCUGCGAGACACUCUUGAUCUGCAUGAUGGGGACAUACCCACGUGUAAUCAAAUUAGAAGGGGUGGACGUCUACCCGGCAAGGACGGAAGGGCUUAUUGAUGUUUUCAAUUCGCCGAAUUUUACUCUCGUCAAGCCAAGUUGGGUAGCUGAUGAUGCUGUUGCAUUUUGUGUUCUUUGUAACAAUAAGUUUAAUCAGCUCCGACGUAAACAUCACUGUCGUCAGUGUGGACGCAUACUUUGUGGCAAGUGCUGCAAUGAGAAGGUCCUCCUUCCUCAAAUGGGUCUUUCCCAGUCAGAACGAGUUUGUGAAUCUUGUCUUCCUGUUGCAGAUCUGGUCACCAAGUCCAGAUCUACGUCAGUGCAACUUCAGAUCAAAGCUGCCCAAGGAUUAGUUAAACAGUUGAUAGAACCUCAUGGCUUAUGCAGAGUAGUCGAGCUUGGGGGUCUGCAGACUUUGGUGGCACUAGGCAGGAUUGAAUCUGAUUCACUCGCGAAAUGUGUUAUGAGUGGCCUGCACCAGUUGUCCAUGCAUCACCCUCUACAUACAAUAUUGGUGGAAAUCGGUGUCGUCUGCGCAAUCUGCAGCAUAUUGAUGCGUCCGAGCAGUGAAGAAGAACAGGUUAAAUUGGAUGGUAUUAGUGCCCUCAUGAUUUUCUGUAAAUCACCAGAAUUGAGGGCUAGAGUUGUAAAAGAUGGAGUCUUGGACCCAGUGCUGAAGUUGUGUGCCCCCGGUAACAGCUACACUGUCGCCCUCCUGGCAGUCAGCACGCUGUCGAUGGUAGCGGAAAACCAGAACACUCAUUCAAGUAUUGUGGAAAGUGAACACAAGGUUCUUUACAAUAUUCUCUGUCUCACGGCAUCCAGUGAUGAACAGAUGCAGGAAGUCUCGCUAAAGGUAUUGGCCUUCUUAACUCUCGGGUCAAACUUUCACAUGCAUAGGAUCAUACAGGAAGAUUUCACCUCAGGACGAAGUUUGAUGAAGGUCAUGAAAAGCCAACCCCAUAAUGAUCAAGUUUUAGUUAACUGUGCUUGUAUCAUCAGUAACUUAGCAACAAGCGCAGAAGACCAGGGAGGCUUACAAGAGUUGAUGGAAUGUAUGUGUGAGGUGCUGAAAUCUGACGUCAGAAACAAGGAACUUGUCUUACAAUUGGCCAGAGGAGUUGCAAACUUUGCUAAGUUUGAACAAAAUGCAGAUAGAUUGAUGAAAUAUCUUACAGUGAUUGUGUUUAAAUGUCUCAAAUCAAGCCAAGAUGUUACAAAAAUGCAUGGUAUUAGGGCUACUUUACAUUUGCUGUCCCAUCGGCCAAAAACUACAACAGAAGAACUUACCAGGAAUGGAGCACAAGAGCUUUUGGAAGGCAUUGCCAAACUGCCUGGUCUGACCCUGGCUAUAGAGACCUCGCUACUGGCCGACGCUCCAGAGAAAUCUACUUGUAUCCCGACCAUGACUGGUAGUGGUCAUUAUUACUGACCAAUGCGGUGGACAAAGCUAAAUUUGACCACAAUAAUAUGAUACACGACUAGUCUAGAAGUUGUAUUCUAUUAGGUAGAUUUCUCAAUGUCCAGUGGCUGAAUUAUAAACUGACUGGUGUCCAGUGGCUUAAUUAUACACUAAAUAAUGUCCAACAUUUGUCUGCUGACCAGUGUCCAAUGGCAUAAUUUUGUAGUGACCACUGUCCAGUUUAACCUAUCAUUGUUGUGGCUACAGGUAUAUUCACUGUAUAAGCAAAAACAGUUUGAUGCAUUUGUGUUAAAAGUUAUAAUGAUAAUAUUCAAGGCAUGAUGAUGUAAAUGUAACAGAGUGCAUUAUCAUUAAAUUUAAAUCACUGCCUGUUAGGGAUCAAACCUGGGAUCUGAGACUUACUAGUCUUAAGCUGAGCAGAUCAAGCUUAAGGACUCGCACAACUAAAUCAGCCAAUCAGGUGGUGUUCCACCGGAACCAAGCCCCUGAGGAAAAUGUGUUUCUUAGGUUUGUAGCUGUUUUCCUGAGUAAAUAACAUAUGAAAUGAGUACUUUAUAUAUAUGAGAAUAAAGAGUAGG